UGUCUAAUUGUCAAUCUGAUAAUUUUUGGCUUUUAAUUUAUUAAUUGUUAUUGAUUAACAUUUACUUUUAUCUUUAAAAAUUGUUUCUGUAAUUGUUUCUUUAAUAGUGGAACCAAUUGGUGUAAAUUGAAAUCUUUCCUUUCUUGUGUUUUUGUUGAUAUUUUUAUUUUGACUCUUUUUGUUUUGGUUAAGAUUUUGGCUCAAUAGUAAAAGAUUUCAGCUGAUUUUGUUUUAUGUCGGUUAAUUUGAAUUUAAUUGAAUAGAAACAAAAAUGGAUCAUAAGCUUGGUGAUGGUCUUGAUGUAGAUGCUAUUAGAGAGAUCAAUAAAUCAAAAGUUUACGUUGGUUUAUUGAAAGAACCAGAGAUAAAUUUAUCCACUUUGGACGAUGAUGGUGAUGACAAUACCGCCGAUGCUACAGGUGAAUCUGGGGAGAAACCCAAGAAAAAGAAGUCAAAAAGAGACACAUUACUUUCCAAGAGAGCUCGAAAUGAUCCAAAUGCUCCUCCAUCCACUAGGAUUCCAUUGCCUGAAUUGAGAGAUGCUGAAAAAUUGGAUAAAAUUCACCGUAUGAGAGAAGCAACAAGAUGUCUAAAGUUAAAUAGUGAAGUUUUACCUUCUAUUUGUUUUUAUACUCUACUAAAUGCCAAUGUGAAUAACAAUAUGGCCGUUCUAUGUGUGGAAAUCUCUGAAGAUUCAUCACUUUUAAGUGUUGGUCUAUCAGAUUCAACGAUAAAAGUCUGGUCAUUAACACCCAACAAACUGCGAACCAUGAAAUCAGCUCAAGAUUUGGACUUUAUUGAUCGAGAAGCCGAUGAUGUUUUGGUUAGAAUGAUGGAUGAAAAAAGUGCCACCGAUCUCAAAGUUUUAAAUGGUCACAAUGGUCCAGUUUAUUCACUAUCUUUCAGUCCUGAUAGAAAUCUUUUACUUUCCUCUUCCGAAGAUUCAACAAUUAGAUUAUGGAGUAUGCAGACAUGGACAAAUAUCUGUUGUUACAAAGGACAUUGUUUCCCUGUAUGGGGAGCGGUAUUCAGUCCACACGGUUAUUACUUUGCCUCUUGUGGCCACGAUCGUACAGCUCGUCUUUGGUCCACCGAUUCUCACCAACCUUUACGAUUUUUUGUCGGACAUUUAUCAGAUGUCGAUUGUAUUCAAUUUCAUCCCAAUUCUAAUUAUGUUGCCACUGGAUCAACCGAUAAAACUAUUCGACUGUGGGAUGUUUUAACUGGCCAAUGUGUCCGAUACUUUACUGGACACAAAGCAAAAAUUUAUACUCUUUUGUUUACUACUUGCGGUCGAUAUUUGGUUUCCGGUGGAGAAGAUAAAAAGAUUUUCAUCUGGGAUUUAACUCAUGGUUAUCUAAUCGCUUGUCUUCCGGGUCAUACUGAGACAAUUUAUUCCCUAUCAAUUAGUAGAGAUGGUGUUAUGUUGGCUUCUGGUGGUGCCGAUGAUUGUAUCAUCCUUUGGGAUUUGGCUAAACUAUUAGAUGAAGCUGAUUCUGAAGAUAUGAACAUGGCAAGAUCACCAACGGUCAGAACGAAUACCGAUAAAAUCCUUCUGAAAACAUUUAAGACUAAAGCAACUAAUGUAAUCGCUAUUCAUUUUACUCGAAGAAAUUUAGUCUUGGCUGCAGGAGUUUUACAUUAGAAAUUUUUUACGAUUAUACACCAAUCAUCAACCACUUAAUCAUCAUAAUCAUUGUAAAACAACAUAACAAAUCAAACAUAAAACUUAGCAAAAUGAUUACCUUCAAAUCUACUGAUUAAAUUCAGUAAAAUCAAAGAUUUCCCUCUGUAUUUUCAUACUUAGAUAACCCGUGACAAUUAAUCAAAAUCACUUAAUUUUGAAAUUGAAAACUUAAUUAUCAAUGAAAAUUGUUGCUUAUCAAUCAUUAUGAUCAUUUUAAUUCAUAAUAAGAAGCAAAAUUAAUGAUAACUAUUUACCGGGAAAUUACAAUUUAGUGAAUAGCUCAUCAGAUUUCGUUACCUUUUCGUAGGUUUUUUGUUUUUGUUUUGAUUUUUUGGAAAUUAGAUUUUCUUGUUUGUUGUCUUUUAACUGAUUACAAUUAUGUCUUUUAAAUUUUUCAAUUCAAUUGUAUAUAUAAGUUUAGGUUUAUUCUCCAUGGGCCAAAGUAAUUUAGUUGAUUGUUCAUUUCUUUUAUUGUAACUGUUACUAAUGUUAUCCAAUAAAUGGCUAAGUCGAAAUAUAAUAGGGAAAGAAAGAGAAUUACCUUUGUCUGUCGGUGAAAGUGCGAAAGAAGAAGAUGAAAAGAGAAGAGGAAAAGUAACAAACUCCUCGACUGAGAAUAUGUCAUUUACAAUUUACCUCGGAAACCAUCGGUUCUCAAUUAAAUCUUAUUACUAUCUGUUGAUUUCGAACCAAAGAAAAUUGUCUCUUCACUCUUCUCAAUGACUUUAAGCCAGAGUAUGGAUUCAGUCAAUAAUUUCCCUGAAGAAGAGGUACGAACAUUAUUUGUCAGUGGCCUUCCAAUGGAUGCAAAGCCUCGAGAACUUUAUCUUCUCUUCACAGCCUAGAAGCUCAAGUUCAUCAAGAUCAUUGGGUCGGUAAGACGAUACAAGUGCUUGUCAACUCAACAAUUUCACUUAUCAACUUAAGACUCGCUCAGAGAAUGGAUUAAUUUAAUUGUAACAAUUAAAUAGAGAAACAAAAAUUAACUCUUCAUAGAUCAACAAAGAGUUGAUUUCAUAGAAACUUAAUCAAAGUUUUAUUUUCAGCGAAAAAGUAAAAAAAGUAAACUUAUAACUCACGAGAUGUCGUUACCUUUUCGUAGGUUUUUUGUUUUUGUUUUGAUUUUUUGGAAAUGAGAUUUUCUUGUUUGUUGUCAUUUAACUGAUUACAAUUAUGUCUUUUAAAUUUGUUCAAUUAUUGAGAUUAUCGAGUAGAUUAGUGGGGAGACGAGGAUUCCACAGAUCGACAGCUCUUUGUGAUCAACCUGCUGCAAUUCAUCGCUGGUUCUAAUGCUGCUCCUAAAUACAAAAGAUAGAUCCUGAUAAUAAUUAUGACGAUCUUGAACCGGAGUAUCUCAAGAACGACAACUAUUUCAACAGGAUUUUCUUAACUUUUUUGAUUAUAAUCUUAUGCAGACAAUUUUGGAAGCGAAAUGAAUUCAUUAUGAUUCGAAGUGAAAUGGAAUUAGCUGAAUUCGUUACAGCGGAAAAAGAAAAACAAUCACUAAACCUUAAAGCCUGAAACAAAAAUUCUAAAUGAAAUGUAUCCCAAACAUACAAAUGAUAAUUGUAAAUUCUAAUCCCAAUCAAACAAAGUUAACAAUAGUGUUAAAAAUGUUACAAUGUUAAUUAUAGUAAUUAAAAGACAAAAGGCUUAAAAAUUCCAA